GAAAUAAAUGAAAAAAAACAAGGAAUUAGAGCAAUACUUCCAUAUAUAUAUAUAUAUAUAUACAAGAAUCGUACGGUCAAAUUUGAUUCCAUUGCCGAAAAUUGUUUGAUUUAAUUCCAUUUUGGUAAAAGCAAAGCAUCAGAGCAAAUCUUGUGCGUUUUUGUUAGGUAGUGCUGGAGUUGGGUUUUUGGUUUUCUGCAGUUCCCUUGGAUUUCAUCGUUGAACAUCUGCAACUGUCAAAGGACCCUUUUCCUUGAAAUUGAGAGAACUACUGUGAGCACUCCUUGUGCUGGUGCUCAUUCAUGGACGUGGCGAAAAAUUUGUGCUUAUAAUUCUAGGGGAUGAAUUACAAGUUACAAGUGGUAGGAAUUCAAUCCCAACUUGAGAUGGGAUCAGUAGUUGAAAAUGGAUCUAUGCACGAGUUUGAGGAUGGGAGUCUUUUCAGUCCAGAGUCAGCGACCCAGAAGAUACUACCUAGUCAUAUAGCUGUAUAUGAAUCUGUAUCAGGUGGAUUUCAAGCCACUGGUAGUAAGAGGUGGAGGAGAGAUGUCUAUAGGAGCAUAAAGACUGUAGUUUUUUCAAAUAAACUAAAUUUGCUUAUGCCGGUUGGGCCGCUUGCAAUCUUCAUCCACCAAUUGCAUGGGCACAAUGGAUGGGUCUUCUUUUUGAGUUUAUUGGGUAUAAUACCUUUGGCUGAGCGUUUGGGUUAUGCUACAGAGCAGCUGGCUUUCUAUACCGGACCUACUGUUGGUGGUCUUCUUAAUGCGACAUUUGGAAAUGCAACGGAACUGAUAAUUGCAGUUUAUGCAUUGAAAAGUAAAAUGAUACGCGUUGUUCAGUUGUCGUUGCUGGGAUCUAUUUUGUCCAACAUGUUGCUAGUGCUUGGUUGUGCAUUCUUCUGUGGUGGGCUUGUGUUUCAUCAGAAAGAACAAGUCUUCAACAAGGCAACUGCUAUUGUGAAUUCGGGAUUGCUGUUGAUGGCUGUCAUGGGACUGGUUUUUCCUGCUGUCUUGCACUACACACACACAGAAGUGCAUUAUGGAAAGUCAGAGUUGGCCCUUUCAAGAUUUAGCAGUUGUGUUAUGCUUGUGGUGUAUGCUGCCUAUCUUUUUUUCCAGUUAAGGGGUCAAAAGGAUUCAUAUGUUCCUAUUUCAGAGGAAGUGAGUCAGAACGGGGAGAUUGCUGAUGACAAUGACGAUGAGGGUCCAGAGAUCUCUAAAUGGGAAUCAGUGAUUUGGCUUGGAAUUAUGACAGCCUGGAUCUCUAUUCUAUCAGAAUAUUUAGUUGAUGCCAUAGAGGGAGCUUCUCAUGCAUGGAAUAUACCAAUUGCAUUUAUCGGUGUUAUCUUGCUUCCAAUUGUGGGGAAUGCUGCAGAGCAUGCAAGCGCUAUCAUGUUUGCCAUGAAAGACAAGCUUGAUAUAUCACUGGGAGUGGCAAUAGGGUCAUCAACACAGAUAUCUAUGUUUGCUAUUCCUUUUUGUGUUGUUGUUGGUUGGAUGAUGGGGCAGCCUAUGGACUUGAACUUCCAACUUUUUGAAACGGCGACUCUUUUCAUAACUGUUAUAGUCGUAGCUUUCUUUCUUCAGGAAGGAACCUCUAAUUACUUUAAAGGACUAAUGCUCAUUCUUUGCUAUGUAAUCGUUGCUGCAAGUUUCUUUGUGCAUGAAGAUCCUGUCCCAACAUGAGGAUAAACAGUUUAAAAUGGCAGCUAAUACGGCAGCAAAGUUAUCAACAAUAGCAAGUCCAUCAUGUUGGUAUUGUAUAUAUCCACUUGGAAGCAUUCGACUUUUCUGGCUUAUGCUAGCGUUUGUUCAGCUAAUGCUGUUGAACAGGCGCGAUGCCCAAUUUUCGUUCAUUGUCAUCCGCUGCCUGAUUUGAUACUUAAUGUUUUACUUAGAUGACGAAUGCAAAUGUUGAUAUUUAUACAGAAUUUGAAGUAAAGAUUUUUGUAUUGUAACCAUUUUUAUUGUUUUGAGCAUCUUCUUUCCC